AAAAAGAAAAAAUUACACAAAUAUUGGACCGUGCAGAAGUUUGCAAUCUCCUGGCUUCUACCGCACAUUUACGGAAGCCUAUCACGAUAAAUGCCUCGGGCACGGAAACGAUGUGAUGGAAUGUGUGCUUGUGUGCGUGCGGAAUAAUCGGUGGCGCCUCGAAUUGCAGUGAAGUGCGAAGAAAUCGGCGCAAGAUUACAUCUGUCACAAAUUCCUUUAGAUUUUGUCUUGCGGAAGGUUGCAAUUGGCUGUAGAUUGUGCAUCACGCAAACCUGCUGUAGUUUUUCCGUGUAAAUUACUGCUAAAAAGCAAGCCCUGUCCCAAACCCGAAUCUAGGACAAGGUUAGUGCUUUGAUUUGGUGGAAAAGAGGAAAAGUAAUCGCUCCAUCAUCAGUCACGGAAGUGGUGUAGCUGUGCGGAAGUGCGUGUUAGUAAUAGGAUUCUCAGUAGCGCAGCAGGAAAGCAGCAGCAACCUACGGAAUACGAUAAUAGUUGUUGGAAAAGUGAUCUUACGAGCAGCCCUACUGCUUCCGAGAUUAAUCAUCGACAUGAUUGGUGAUGGUAAAUGAUGAGCGAUAAGCCAAAGCAAUAACAACAACAAAACACUGACACAUCAUCGACUGGUGGACGAGACACGGGUUGUGUGUGCGUGUGUGUGGUUUUCUCUCCUCCUUCUGGUGUCGCCGACGGACGGACGGAGCUGGCUAUGCAGAUCUUUUAAUAGAAUUUUUGUGUGUUUCUUUUUAUUGCUAGUCGUCAUGUGCGCCACUGGCUCGAGCGGACGAGUCUCACUAUAAUUAUACCGAGGUGUGUGCACUAUAUGUGUGCAGCGAUGAGCCAAAGUGUACCCGUGCAUGGUGGUGGUAUGUGCUGGUUAUGCAGGAAUUUGCUGGAUUACUUCCAAAACCUCUGCUAGUGUUUGUGCGCGGCUAUGCCUGUGUCUGUGCGGUGAAGUGCAAGGUAUUGAACGCGCAAAAAGGACACACGCAAAGCAUCCGAAACCAAAUGUGCAUAGAAAGGGCAGCGGUGUAAACGUUCGAGGGGGCACAGGUGGUGAACGGGGGACCCGAUUAUACGGCGGUGAGCGGUGCGGGGUCAAGUGCAAACGCGAACACCACGGUUCCAUCAGUUUGCUUCCGGUUCCGUCGUGCAAUCGGGUCAACGGCACGCACCGAGCACGAAGGGCAGUGCGGGGCCGAGUCGUUCCGAGUGAAGGAAAAAUCAAUUGCCAAUAAUCGUACUGGCCGACCGAUUGGAGUUCACUCAUUGGUGUACGAACGCAGCUCCGAACCGACCCACCACAAUGGCCUAUGGAGCGAGCGAAACGCACGACGCGCUGUGGAAGCAAAUAUUGGAGCAUCACUGGAAGUAUGUCGAGUCGGAGGAAUCGAUGCUGAAGAUCGAACUGCGGCGCGACCUAGAAGAUUUGAUUGAGAAACGAUUGGGAAAGGUGCCACCAAAUGAGAAAUUUUAUCUCGACGAUACAAGAUAUGCGUUCGACAGUUCGGUUGCACAUUUGGACGAUUUUUCGGCCUACAAAGCAUCGAUCGGAUUUGAGGCAAUCAGCCAAUAUGCCAACAAUCUGUUCGUGAAACCAUGGCGAAAGGAAUAUAAAGUGAUAAAGAUGUAUUCUGGAUUUUAUCAGCACGAAAUUGCUGCCAAUCUAGUGAACGCGGAAAAGCUGUUUCAAGCCAUGGGCUAUCAGCUGAUGCCGAACAAGACACUAAUUUUGGACGGUCCAAUCUGUCCCGAUCAAGUGAUGAACGUUGCGCGGGACGCUAUUACAGCGUACGUGGAAUGCCAGAUGAUGAAACGAAUUUACAGUGAACUUACUUCGCUACGACUGUCGAUAGAUUGGAUUGACAUUUACAACUUCAGAAGCUAUCAUGCUGCUGACGUAAUGCAAACGGUGAAGCAAAUGGCGUUGUCGAUACAGGAAAAGCAUCACAAAAAACAACAAGCAAAGCUAAGAGACACGUACGGCAAUAAUAGUGCGUCCGCUUUAGCGCCUGCUAGUAGCUGCAAUUCAUGCAACCCGUAUCAGUUCCAUGUGCAAAGCCAACAACCUCCCCCUGUUCCACCACCGGCCGCAGCAGCAGCAGCCGCCGCCGCCGCCGCCGCAUAUUGCGGUGCGAAUGGUGGUGGGAACGGUGGCGUUGUUGGUAGUAGUCAGCUGUACAAUAGCGCUGUUGCUGGUGCACCCUGUAGUAUUCAUAGUCAACAGCAUCAUCAACAACAGCAGCAACCACCGCCGGUACCGCCACCACCACCACCAUCACAGCAGCAAAUGCCAACAAACGCGUACGGUGGUGCAUAUCAUCCCCAUCAUCUUCCUUCUUCGCAUCAUCAUCAUCAUCAUCAUCAUCAACAACAACAACAUAGUAGUUACCAGAAUUUUCAACCAACGACAACUACAUCUGCGUCGCAGCAGCAGCAGCAGCAGCAGCAAGUUUGCGCACCAGCGCUGGGAACGAUGCCCCAUUCGAAAUCGCUCGAUCACUAUCAGGACGCGAACAGUGCGGCUGCAGCUGCUGCUGCUGCUGCCUCGGCCGCCAACAUGUACGGCAUGAGUGCGUACAUGCAGCGACACUCCAUUGAUCAACCGUACCACUACACGCUCGCAACGCCGUACGGAGGCUCGCAAGGUGCCGGUUCGUCGGCGGCCGGCAUGCAGCCAGCGUACGAGGGCGGUCCGCUCGAUGGACUGCUAUCGUGUGGUGUGGCCGGCGGAGUAGCGAACGGUCCCAGUGCCGGUGCUGUAACAAGUUGCAACAGUAACAAUCAUCCCUAUAACAAUGUUCCAGGCAGCGGACGCUACCCACCGUUGCAGUACGCUGGCACCACCAACUUCCCGAUGGGGAUACCCGGGCCCGGGCCGAUGUUUAUGAAUGGCGGGGGCCAGCUGAAACAUCACCAGAACGGAUUGGUGGACGGUUGCGGCUCGUACCGGCAUCCGGCAAUGAAUCUGGCCUAUCCCGGAUACCGUGGACCGAAUGGCAUGAUGGCUGCACCGCCUUCCUACUGUCAGCCGGUCGAUUCGUCGAUCUACGGUGGCGCACCGAUGUCGUCGGUGGCGGCUACGCAAACCGCCGCCUACGGUACGCCAUUGGUGCCCGCCCAGCCGGGAGCAUCUAUUUUGAGUGGCAAGAAAAAAGGGUACGACGAUUACGACAUGAUGUCUAGCAUGCGCCGGGGCACCGAUACGCUACGCUCCGGCAGCGGAUGUGCCAAAAAGCUGGACCGGUACCACAAAAAUGCUGAACUGCUGAUUGACUACGAGAGUGACAUGCUGCCGGAAGCGCUGGCCGAGCGAAACCAGAAGGAACAGCAGCAACAGCAGCAGCCGCACCACCACCAUCAUCACUAUUUGCACCAUCAGACGUCGCGCAACUCCCGGCAGUCGGAUUUCGAUAGCUACGAGGACGAGCAGCUGCAGCGGGAGCAGGAGCAGAGCAGUAACGUUAGCAGGCGCAUCUCCAGCAAAAACCAGGACGGUAUCGGGUGUUACGAAACGUGGAACUACGUCUACCAAAACUUAGAAAAGCAGGGCUACUCGAAGGAUUUGGGCGAGCGGGGUGACUUUCUGGCGGACGAACUGGACGCCGAUGAUAAUCAUCUGAUCGGUACGGCGGCGGAGGAGGAGGAGCUCCGACAAAGGCGUCGUAAUGACCUGAUGACGGACGACCAUCAUGACCAUCAUCAUCAUCAUCACUCGGGCAGAAGAGAGUCCGGCAACGCUUCCUCCGGCGCGACGCUACGCCGCAACCACAACGAAAAGCUGAAAGCGAUGAAACCGAAAGCGGCCGACAAGGUCGACGGCAUAGUCCGGCAGUCUUCGGCCGGGCUUUCCUCCACGAAGCAACCGAUGGCCGAGGGUCGACGGCACGAGCGCCACCCUUCCACCGGUUCGGGGGUAACCGCCACCACCAUGCUGGUACAGAAGACGGCGAAAAUGUCGCUCUCAAACAACGCGACGAACGACGAUCUGCUGCUGGGAAGUUUCGAGCAGAAUGGAGCGAGCAAGGGUGAGCCGCCCGCCGCCGGCAGCAGUCGGAGAAAUUCGGUGACGAAGAAACAAAUCACACCCCAGGGCUCGGGCUCGUCCUCGUCCACCGGUCUACCGGCGAAGGAAACGAACAAAACCCACAGCUCAACGAGCACCGGGAUACUGGUCAACAAUCACCACCACCACAGCCACAGCGCGACCAGCAGCGGAAGCGCUUACCCGAACCAUGGCGGCGCGCAAGCACAGGGCAAGAAAAAAACGGCCACAUUCGAUACGGGCGCGGUCACAAUCAUAAACCCCAGCCCGACCGGCUCGGGCAGUCCCUCGAGCAGUGGAGCGCCGGCCGGUGCCGAAUGGAAUUGCAAUUUCUGUACCUACCUGAACCCGGAUGUCAAACGCAUCUGUGAUAUGUGCUCCAAGAGCCGCGACUUUCGACUCGAUGGCACGACGACCGCCAGCAAUGGCACAACGGCAACGUGCGUUUGAAUGUCUGCGGGGCUGCUGAAGCGGGAAGAAGGAACUUCGGGAUGGGCCCACUAGUUGUUGGAAGUUUUUUUUUUGUCUGUUUUAUCCUCUGUCCAUUUGCUGGACUUUGUUCUGUGUCUUUGUUCUUCCCCCGUUCAAUGACUAUAUCUGUUACAAAUGUCUCUAACGUUGCCAUAAACAUUUUGUAAAAUGUAAACGCCUGCAACUACACUCUACUGUACCGUUGCCAUUGAUUCGUUCGAAUCGUCCCACAAUGCACACUGUGGAAAUUAUUUUACAUGUUUAUGUCUCAAACUUGUUAGCAAUCGUGCAUUAGCUUUGCAGAAACUAGGAUGAGCCAGAUGCUGGUGCAUGUGCAAUUUAUGCAGUCUGUUUUGCUCCCCCCGCUCCUCCCUGUACGAAUGCAACGAAAAACCACAUCGGUGGGGGCAAAUUUUCAACUCGUGAAGCAGCAUGCCAGCAGAUAUAAAACUAAAGAAAACGGGUCGAAUGGUUUAACCAAUCAUGUGAGGGGAGGGUGUGAUGUGACGUAGACGGAAGCUUUAAAACAAAUUCGGUAGCACGUAUUUGGCCAAUAUUACGGUUACGGAACGGCACAGAUUAGUAGUACGACCACGGCCGUGCGUUAAAAAUGCCGACCAUUUGCCGCCGAGAGCUACCUAACACAAACAAAAAAAAACCUAAAAAACACAAUUUGAUGAACAAAGCUGGAUAAAUGGGAUCGACAAUCGCGCACUUUUGCAUUCAUAGUUUCGGUACGCAUGGGUUUUGGGAAUAUCACAAACGGUUGGUUUCUUCACACAACAGCACUCACUAAACAGCACCGUUUGUUGACUGUAAGGUGGCAGAGAGGAAACUAUAACUCUAAAGCAAAAACGUAAAAAAAAACAGAUUAAGAAACGAUAAUGAGAUAAACUUGGGUGGACGCAACUAGAAUUGCGCGUGCGAGCCGGAAUGAGCCCCGAUUUACUGUUAAAUUAAUUUAUCCUUCUAUAAUGAAAGGACUCUAAGGAAAGGAGAGGAGAGGAACCCCGAAAUGAAUUGGAACGUACACACACACGCUCCGAAAGGAUACUAGUCACGCGUUAUCGCGAAACCAAGCAUGCGUUGAGAAAAAUGAUGGGGAGUUCUGGGUUUAGGGAUGGACGAAACGUACGAAUAGGGAAAAGGGAAUGUUCGUCAUCAAAACCGAUUGUUAUACACUAUUAAACGUUUAAACUAUUUUUUUAGUUUUACAUCAAUGUUACAAGAGGCAUACACAAUAUACUGCAAAUUGGAUUGAUAUUUACUGAUUUAGGUAAGGCGACGUGAGCGGCAAAAUAAGAGAUAAUGAACCCCCUACCGAGCACACGAGACAGGGAUUAUCCAAUUCAAGUAAGGUACAGUACACGGGAGAAGUGAAAACUAUAUGCAAAUAGGCAUUGCUAAGCAUUCUACUAUCUACAUUUUAUAGCAAAAUUUCUAAACGAUCACAACUAAUGGGAUAUCUAAAAAAAAACAUACAAACAAACUAAAACUAAAGACAGACGGAGCUCGUUUGCGUGCUAGAAGACGGUGGGCGGGAUACGGAUGGUAAACCAAAACUUAAUACAACCAAAUCACUAAAAAACAAGAGAACUUAAUUACACGGUUUGAUGAAGUGAGGCAGAAGUGACGUUUUUAGGGCUAGAACGACAGCCGCUGCGCGCUGAGGGCUUACGAGAGAAUGAUACAAGGAUACUGAAACUGUUUCGCAUAUUAUAGAUUUUAAUAAAACAAAAUGAUCCAUUUC